GCCGGCGGCUCCAAGAUGGCGCAGACGAUCUUCGAGGCGCUGGAAGGAAUGGAUAACCAGACUGUGCUGGCUGUGCAAUCCUUGCUGGAUGGUCAAGGAGGUGUGACAGAUCCAUCAACUCAAAAUGUCAGCUCCUCCACUGCCAUCCAGUCCAUGGAUGAUGAAGACGUGUUCCUCUGCGGGAAGUGUAAGAAGCAGUUCAACUCACUGCCUGCCUUCAUGACCCACAAGAGAGAGCAGUGCCAGGGAAAUGCCCCUUCCCUCUCCACGGUCUCCCUGGCCACCAACAGUGUGUACACCCCCUCCAUCACCUCAGUGCAGCAGGCUCCCAGUGCCAGCCGGCAGCAAAUUUCUACGUACAUCACAGUUCCCCCAUCCCCUUUGAUCCAGACCCUGGUGCAGGGGAACAUCUUGGUCAGUGAUGAGGUGCUGAUGUCAGCCAUGUCUGCCUUUACAUCCCUGGACCAGCCCAUGCCAGCAGUGCAGCCCCCGGGACAGAGCAGUCUGAAUAUGCACCCUGGGACUGGUUACCUCUCCCAGCCCCCUCCUCCACCGCCCCCUCCCCAGCCUCCCCCUCCCCAGCCCCCCCCAGCUGCCCCCCCCAGCCUGGGGGCUCCGGGGCAGCCCAGCGCCGGCGGCAGCAGCGUGGUCGAGGUGUACAGUGCUCCUGCUCCCAUGGCAGCAACCAGCACUGUGGAGAUCCAGACUCUGGGAAUGCCACCCUAUCCGCCCAUGGAGGUACCCAGCCAGUGUGUGGAAAGCCCGGUGUACCCUUCUCCUCCUGUGUACAGCCCUGGGAAGCAGGGCUUCAAGGCCAAGAGCACCAGCACUCCCACAGCUCUGAGCAGCACAGGAGGAGCCGGUGUGGUUGGUUUUGAUUCUGCCUCCACUGCCAAAAGUCGGCGCUGCAAAAAUGAGGGCGGGCUGCAGGAAGGCAAACCCAAGUCCCCCAAGCUGAAAUGCACUUACUGUGACAAGGCCUUCACCAAGAACUUUGACCUGCAGCAGCACAUCAGAAGUCACACAGGUGAGAAGCCCUUCCAGUGCAUCGUGUGUGGCCGAGCCUUUGCCCAGAAGUCCAAUGUGAAGAAGCACAUGCAAACCCACAAAGUGUGGCCUCCAGGGCUGGGAUGCACCAUCUCCCGCAACUCCAUCACCGUGCAGGUCAUGGCCUUGAAUCCCAACCAGCCAGAGGAUGAGGAGAACACAGGUUUGACUCAGCCCACAAGGAAUCCUGCAGAGCCACUCCAGGACAUGAGCCCCUUGGAGGAGAGCGAGCCGGGCAAGCUGGAAGCCAAGCAGGUUGUCUUGAUCGAUAGCUCUUACCAGUGCCAGUUCUGCCCCAGCAAAUUCAACACCUAUUUCCAGCUGAAAUCACACAUGACCCAGCACAAGAACGAGCAGGUGUACAAGUGUGUGGUGAAGACCUGUGCUCAGACCUUCCAAAAGCUGGAGUCCUUCCUUGAGCACAUCAAGAGCCACCAGGAGGAGCUGAGUUAUCGCUGCCACCUCUGCAGCAAGGACUUCCCCUCCCUGUAUGAGCUGGGUGUCCACCAGUACUCCCACAGCCUGCUGCCCCAGCACAGCCCCAAGAAGGAUGUGGCCGUGUACAAGUGUGUGAAGUGUGUCAAUAAGUACUCCACCCCGGAGGCCCUGGAGCACCAUCUGCAGACAGCAACACACAACUUUCCCUGCCCUCACUGCCAGAAGAGCGUCCUUCCCAAGAAAGCAGCCACCACGAGCUUCUGGUGGCUUCUGUGCAGGCCACAGCUCCCCUGCCCGUGGCCACCAGCUGCCCCUGGCAUGCUGCUGGCUCCCAGCCUUGGGUCUGUGUGCCAACAGGUGUUCCCCUGCGAGCGGUACCUGCGCCGCCACAUCCCCACGCACGGCGGGGGCAGCAAGUUCAAGUGCCAGAUCUGCAAGAAGUUCUUCCGCCGGGAGCACUACCUCAAGCUGCAUGCCCACAUCCACUCGGGUGAAAAGCCCUUCAAGUGCUCAGUGUGUGAUGCAGCUUUCAAUCGGAAAGACAAGCUCAAGAGACACAUGCUGAUCCACGAGCCUUUUAAGAAAUAUAAAUGUCCCUUCUCAAGCCACACGGGCUGCAAUAAGGAGUUCAACAGGCCUGACAAGCUGAAGGCUCAUAUCCUGUCCCACUCGGGGAUGAAGAUCCACAAGUGCCAGUACUGUAACAAGUCCUUCAGCCGCCGAGCCCACAUGGUGGAGCACCAGCGCUCCCACACCGGCAACUACAAGUACCGCUGCCCCACCUGCAGCAAGGGCUUCACACGCCACAAGUACAUGAAGGACCACAAGUGCCGGCUGGGCUCACCCAAGGACAAGGACCUGCAGCUCAGGAAGCCCCAGAAGAAAAGGGUGGGACGGGGGCGCAAGGCAGGCCUGUCCCUCCCCAGGCAGCUGGGGCUGGCAGAGCUGAAGGAGGGCGCUGCUGGGGAAAGCCCCCCCGAAGGUGGCCCUAACAAAGAAGCAUUCCAGGAGUCGGACGCCGUCCUGUCCAUCGUGGUUGGUGGGUCGGGAGCUGCUGACUCAGACCUUGUUGUUCCUGGGCAGCCCAACAGCAUCGCCUCCAAUCUGGCCCUGGCAGAACUGCAGGCUGCCUCUGAUGGCCCCUGCACCAUGCUGGCUGUCCCUGUUUACAUCCAGACCACGGAGUGACGAUGCACAGAGCCACUGUGUGGCCGAGGGCUGGUGCUGAAAUUCAUCCCAGUGACACAGACCAAAGCUCUUGUGGGGAAGGGAGAUGGAUAUGUGAGAGAAUGGCUUCCAUCUCCACUUGUUCUUCCCAUGCUCGGGCAGAGGACUGCUUGGAAGCCACCAACGGCUACAAGGCGCUGAGGAGAAUGGCUCCAUUAUUUCUUGUCCCUCUGCAUUGCUGCUCAGCCUAGGGCAAGAAAGACUAAGAUCCCUGAAUCAGGGUGAGAAGAAGGAGCACACGUACUUGCCACAAACAGAGCUGCUGAAAUCAGAUGGCUUUGCAAAUCACAGCUUGUCCCAUCUGUGGUUUUUCUGGCCUAAAAGCUGUAUUGCCCAGUAUUUGGGUGGCCUUUCCGAGAGCAAACAAUUGAUCCUUCCUAGUGGAAGCAAGUUCAUCCUGAGAUCCUUUGGGAACACUGUUCACAAAUACCCUGGUAGACUUUUCUCUGGUGUCUUUCUCCUCUCUUGUCUCUAUCAGUAGAAAGAUCACCUUGUCUGUACUACAUGUGUUAUAAACACCAUGGACCUUG